AUGCUCAUAAUUGGCCUCACCGGCUCAAUAGCUACGGGAAAAUCCACUGUAUCCUCAAUCCUCUCAACAUCCCCCUACAACCUUCCCAUAAUCGACGCCGACAUCCUCGCCCGCAAGGUAGUCGAACCAGGUACAGCAGGCUACAAAGCCAUAGUCAACUACUUCGGCCCUAACACACCAGACCUCCUUCUCGACGACCCCACAACAAAUACCCCGAAAGGCCAGCCCCUCAACCGACCAGCUCUUGGCCGUCGCGUGUUUGGCUCCACAGAAGAACGCAAACGCGACCGCCAUGUCUUAAACGGAAUCAUCCACCCCGCCGUCCGCUGGGAAAUCUACAAAGCCCUGAUCUACCACUACCUCCGCGGCCAAUGGGCUGUCGUUCUUGAUGUACCUCUUCUAUUCGAAAGUGGCAUGGAUCUGAUCUGUGGAACUGUGAUUGUUGUCGGUGUUCACGACCCUACAAUACAGAUGGCGCGCCUACGUGCCCGUGAUGCGCAUCUUACGGCUGAGGAUGCGGAGAAUCGUGUGCGCAGUCAGGGCGAUGUACGGGUGAAGGCGGCGCAAGCAGAGUUCCGGGGGACGGCGGGGGCGCGCGGGGUUGUCGUUUGGAAUGAUGCGGACAAGACAGAGCUGGAACAGGCUGUGAAGGAGGCUAUGGCUAGUGUUGCGGCGUCGAGUCCGCGGUGGUGGGCGUGGGCGUUGCUUGUGGCGCCGCCGGUUGGGGUUGGGAUUGCGGCGUGGAAUUUGGUGCUGAAUUUUGCGACGCAGAAGGGCUGGGAGAAGAAGAAGAAUGAAGAGAAGGCCAAGUUAUAG